GACACUUUUCCCAUGGCUCAAGAAAAUGACUCCGAAGAGUUUAGUGCUCCCACGGAUCCGCUAAGUAAGCUAGGGACCGACAACAAUCGACCGCCGCGGCAACCAUCAGCUACCGAGUAUCGGUUGCGGUCUGAUGUCUACGGUGUGACUGGCUUUACGUCCGUCGCCAACGUGUUGAGUUUCGUCGAGAAUAAUCCAUCGGCGCAGGUAGAGCUCGAUUUCAAUCGUUGUGGGUACACCAACCUUGAGCUGCAAAUCGCCCUAGAUGCGCUCCUGCAGAUCCGACCAACCUGGCUGACGGCGAUAGACUUGAGUUACAAUACGCCACUCAAUCCGGCGUUGGCACAGUUUUUAGGAAACACACUACAGGAACUGCAGACGAUAGCGAGCCUUGCGUUAUCGUACAACCCGCUCGACGACGAAUGUGUGGCUAUCUUGAGUGAUGCGCUGUCCAAUUCCGGUGUGUGCACCUUGCACGCCAACCAUUGCCACAUAACCGAUGCGGGAGGAUCCUUGCUGUUCCGGGCCAUGAUUUACAGUGAUUGUAUCGAGAAGAUUGAUGUGAGUUGGAAUCAAAUGGAACGUUUCAGUGGUCAGGCGAUUGGAGCAUUUCUAUCGCAUCAGCGGACCAUUUCUGAGCUAAACUUGUCCGGAAACCACCUGCACUGUGGCAUCCCUUUGCUGAAGGGGUUGAUCGGGAAUGAGGCACUAACACAGCUCGAUCUUUCCUGGAAUGGUCUGCGAGGCGAAGAAUUUGGCCGUACCCUGCUAAAAGGCGCGCUGCAAUCGAAACUUCGCCAACUGAACCUGGAGCACAAUCUGCUGGGCACCGAAGAGAUUGCGUUCAUCACGAGGCUGGUGUCGAAAAGUGAAUCUUUGCGGGAGAUCCGGUUGGCUGGUAACUUUCUUUCGGAAGCAGCUGCAUACGAUCUGGUGCAGGCUUUCGGGCGAAACGCUUCAGUGGAACGGCUGUCGCUGGGCGAGUACUACUUCAUUAAUCAGCAAACGGCCAAACUGUGCCAGCUGCACCGGAAGCGAAGUCCGCACAAGACCAUCGUUUACCAGGGGGUGCUGCUGAAUAACCCUCCGCGCCCGGUAGAUGUGCAGGAGAUGCUGCUGGACCGUUGCCGAUUUUUGGCUACGAAACCGAAGAAGCGGAAACUGAAGCGGGACUUUGGCCAUCUGAUGCUACAGUUUCAGGACUUGGGAGAGCGGAUCAUUCCUAGGGAGGAGUUCCUGCAGGCGGUUAAGCUUUUCCGGGUGAAGCUUGAUCAAUCGUUGAUUGAUGCCCUGCUGGAGGCCUUCGGUGUGCCCAGGAACUUGGUCGAUGUUGGUGCGAUGGCCGUGAAGUAUCUCACGAAGCAUCCCACAGAGCGUCCGUCGGAGAAAAAAGCAAACGCCCAAUCUUCGUAG